UUUUGGUGAUCUCCGUUUCCAUGAUUAGGCCGGAUCUGCUCUCUUAUCAUCGGAAAUCGAAUUUCUCAUCGCCGGAAAUCGUCUUCACUUAAAGUUAGGGUCUAAAUUUAGAGAUUUUGAGUUUUCCAUGUUUAAUGGCGAGAGUUGUUUAUGACUUAACGGCUGAAUUUUUAGUUACUAAUUUGUCAAGUCAACUAUAGAGAAUAAAAUUGUGCAAGUAAUAAUUCGGUAUUAAACUUGUUGAUUUAAAAUAGUUAAUUUUUUUAGUCACCAAUUUGCCAAGUCAACUAUGAAGAAUAAAAUCGUGCAAGUAAUAAUUUGGUAUUAAACUUGCUGAAUUCAAAUAAUUGAGAAUUUAAAUGUUCAUUUUCUCGUAUCCCAUAUUAGGUUUUUAUUUUGAUCUCCCUUUGUUUUGUAAUGAAAAAGUCUUUUUUGAUAUUCAUGUUUUGGAUAUUCUCAACUCUUGUAACUGAAAUAUAGUUGACAAAAAACUCCAAAAAAAAAACAAACAAAAAACAAUUUUUUCAAGUGAAUUUUUUUGGUUUAGUGUUGAUUAAAAUAAUCUAUUAAUUUUCUAUAAAUAAGUUUAUAAAAAGGGUACCACAAAAAGACCGUUUGUCAUUGUUUCCAAUGUACACAAUAAACAAAAAGAACAGAUAUACUUGUUUGUUGUAAAACUAUUUUCGUAGUUAUUUUAUAUUUUUUUCUCACUAAUAGCAUAAUAAUUCGAAUGAUUGCAAAAAUGAUUUCUUCAAAAGAAAAAUUCUCUAAAAUUUUGCAAUUUUAUUAUAUAAAAUUAAAAGGUGAUAUAAAAAUAUUAAAGGUAGCAAGAAGGCCCACUUCUUACAAAUAGCCCGUUAAAAUACUAACGAUCACCAAACCCAAUAAUAAAGCACCAUUUUGCAACGGUAAGAUUCAAAUAAUGGAGCCAUGAUCAAACCAUCUUCUUUGCUCAACUCCACCAAGACCUUCAACUCUCUCAUCAACCAUCUCUCAUCUCAUGGAGCCCACCACCAAGUCCUCUCCACAUUCUCCUCCAUGCUCGCCAACCGCUUCCUCCCCGACGCUUUCACUUUCCCUAGUCUCCUCAGAGCCUGCGCUUCCCUUCGUUUCCUUUCCUUCGGUCUCUCGCUUCACCAGCAGGUUCUCGUCAAUGGGUUAUCUUCAGAUUCCUACACAUCUUCUUCACUCGUCAAUCUCUACGCAAAGUUUGGAGCUUUGGAUCAUGCUCGGAAAGUGUUCGACGAAAUGCGUGAGAGAGAUGUGGUGCACUGGACUGCGAUUAUCGGGUGUUACUCACGCGCCGGGUUCGUUGGAGAAGCCUUCUCUUUGGUUAACGAGAUGAGAUUUGAAGGGAUUAAACCGGGUCCGGUUACGUUGCUGGAGAUGCUGAGUGGUGUAAAGGAGAUUACGGAGUUAAAGUGUUUACACGCGUUUGCUUUGGUUCAUGGGUUUGGUUGUGAUGUAACUGUGACGAACUCUGUCUUGAAUCUGUACUGUAAGUGCGAUUGUGUCGUAGAUGCUAAGGUUUUGUUUGACCAGAUGGAGCAGCGAGACAUGGUUUCAUGGAACACAAUGGUCUCAGGAUUUGCUUCUGUUGGUGAUAUGUCUGAAAUCUUGAAGCUUUUGUGUAGAAUGAGGGAUGUUGGUUUAAGACCUGAUCACCAGACGUUUGGAGCCUCACUUUCCGUGAGUGGAGCAAUGAGUGAUAUUGACUUGGGGAGAACGUUACACUGCCAAGUUGUGAAAACUGGUUUCGAUGUAGACACGCAUCUCAGGACGGCGUUGAUGACAAUGUACCUAAAGUGCGGAGAGGAGGAAGCUUCGUUUGGAGUUCUCGAAACGAUUCCUGAAAAGGAUGUUGUUUGCUGGACGGUUAUGAUAUCAGGGCUUGUGAGGUUGGGUAAAGCUGAGAAAGCUAUGAAUGUUUUUUCAGAAAUGUUACAUUCAGGAACAGAGCUAUCGAGUGAAGCAAUAGCUAGUGUUGUAGCAGCUUGUGCACAGUUAGGUUCUCUUGUUCUUGGCGCAUCAGUCCAUGGUUAUGUACUGAGGCAGGGAUAUAGACUAGACACUCUUGCGUUAAACUCGCUUAUUACAAUGUACGCAAAGUGCGGUCGUUUGGACAAAAGCUUAGCUCUUUUUGAACUGAUGAAUGAAAGAGACUUAGUUUCUUGGAAUGCAAUCAUCUCCGGACAUGCCCAGAACGGAGAUUUGAGCAAUGCGUUGUUGUUUUUUACAGAAAUGAAGUUCGCAACCGCGCAUGGAGUUGAUGCGUUGACGGCUGUUUCCCUUUUACAAGCUUGUUCAUCCGCUGGAGCUCUAAGGAUAGGGAGACUGGUCCACUGCGUUGUAAUCCGAAGCUUGGUCCGGACCUGUACAUUCAUUGAUACCGCACUAGUUGAUAUGUACUUGAAAUGCGGCUACUUAGAAGUUGCAAAGAGAUGUUUUGAUUCGAUCUCGAGGAAAGAUUUGGUUUCUUGGGGCACACUCAUUGCAGGGUAUGGUUUUCACGGUGAAGGGGAGGCUGCUAUGAAAGUCUACUCAGAGUUUCUUCUCUCUGGAAUGGAGCCGAACCACUUGAUUUUUCUAGCGGUUCUCUCGUCUUGCAGCCAUAACGGAAUGGUUCAGCACGGCUUGGAGACGUUCACUUCAAUGGUUAGAGACUUUGGUGUUGAACCGAAUCACGAACACCUCGCUUGCGUGGUUGAUCUUCUAUGCCGAGCCAAAAGAGUAGAAGAGGCGUUUAAGUUCUACAACGAGAAUUUUACAAAGCCAUCGAUCGAUGUCUUGGGUAUAAUACUUGAUGCUUGUCGUGCAAAUGGAGAAACAGAGGUGGAAAAUGUAGUUUGUCGGGAUAUGAUUGAGUUGAAGCCGGUAGACGCUGGGCAUUACGUCAGGCUUGCACAUUCUUUCGCCGCCAUGAGGAGAUGGGAGGAUGUGAGUGAGUCGUGGAAGCAGAUGAAGUCUCUCGGCUUGAAAAAGCUCCCCGGAUGGAGCAAAAUCGUGAUGAAUGGGAGAACCACAACGUUCUUCAUGAGCCAUAGUUCGCAUUCAGAUGAGACUGCGUCUGUGUUGAAGCUUCUUAGCAAGGAAAUGAAGCAAAUCAAAUAA